CUUUGCUAUCGCAUGGUAUUUAAGAACGGUGCAAGAUACAAUACAGAUGAACUGCUGUGAUUCUGAAAAGAGAACGAUAAUACUACUGGAAGUUUGUUACUUUUUGGUGUUUUCAAGUAAUGACAUCAGAGGAAAUUGUGAAGCCACUAAUAUUCCGUCUUCAAGAGAAUGCUCCUCCAGUUAUCCGCAAAGUUCUCCUUGAACAAGGAUGGGUGGAAUAUAAUGAUGAGGAGCAGGAAGAGGAAGAUUGGAAUUUGUACUGGCGGACAUCAGGCUUUGGCCAUGCUGAAUACAAAAACAUUAAACCAUGGCAAAGACUUAAUCAUCACCCCAAAAUUAUGGGAAUCACAAGAAAGGAUUGCCUGGCAAGAAAUCUGAAUCGCAUGAGAGGGAUUUAUGGGCCAGCGUUGUUUGAUUUUAGUCCAGUCACAUUUAUUCUUCCUAAUGAUUAUACAAAAUUUGUCGCUUAUUAUACAAAACAGAGACAGAGUAAAGAAGAAAAAUCAGACUACUUCAUUUGUAAGCCAGUUGAUUUGUCCCGAGGCAGAGGUAUAUUCAUUUUUCAGGACAUUGAGCACUUAGUGUAUGACUGUCCUGCUAUAGUACAAAGGUAUAUUACCAAUCCUCUGCUUAUUUCUGGGUACAAAUUUGACCUUCGCCUUUAUGUUUGUGUGACUAGUUUUUCUCCACUUAAAGUUUAUAUGUAUGAAGACGGCCUAGUAAGGUUUGCAACUGAAAAGUUUGAUUUGAAUGCACUAAAUAAUAAAUAUGCUCACCUAACCAACACAAGUAUUAAUAAAUUUGGAUCUUCAUACACUGUAAACAAAGAAUGGAUUGGCUUGGGAUGUAAAUGGACCUUAAAUCAGUUUCGCAAAUAUAUACAUAAUCUUAAUGUGGAUGAGUCACUUUUAUGGGAAAGAAUCAAUAAUAUUGUGACUUUGACCAUGCUCUCUCUUUCUUCAGUUCUGUCACCCACUGCAAACUGUUUUGAACUCUUGGGGUUUGAUAUCCUUAUUGAUGAGACUAUGAAACCAUGGCUCUUGGAAGUAAACUUCAGUCCAUCUCUUUCUUUAGACUGUUUAGUUGAUGUCAGUGUAAAGGAAUCAAUGUUGCAGGAUCUCAUGGAGUUGUUAAAUUAUAAUGCUGCAGAUAGUCUUAGGCAAAAAGGUUAUAUAAGGGAUCCAUCAUACAUAUCCUGGCCACUAAGAAAUGUAUCCCUCUGGGCAGCAAAUAGACUGGACCAUCCUCAACUGCUUCUUCCAAAAACAAUGGGAAAGCCAACAGCCCUCAAGCAUUCUCUCAGAACUAGCUGCAUGACCGUACACUCCUCUAGGAUGUACACCCAAAGCAAGAAGCAUGAAGACUGUAUCAGUGAAGAGAAUGGAGAACGUUGUGAGAAAUCCAAGCCACGUGCACAUGUCAUUUCACCAUCCUACCCUCCUAGGAAGGCAAACGGUCCACACAGAUUGAGACAUUCAAACAUAAACAGGCACAGUAACAUGUGUUCUGUAGUACCACUGUGUUCUCUGAAAGUGCUAGAACUAGCAAAUCUGGAGGACAGAGCAAAUGACUCACUGGCUGGUUAUUCCAGAAAGGGAUCAAAAGUACAGUCACAAGAAAAGAUAGAUAUUGACAGGUUCCCAUCAUCGUCACACCUUCCCUGUCACACAGGAGAAACACAAAAGCCUUACAUUCAGUGGCCAUUAGAAGCAUCAAAAAACCUGCCAGAUAAAAUAUUCAAGAACCAGCCUGCAACGCUGCUUCAAAAUGUAACUUCUGCCAUGAGCAGUCCGUCAAAGCUAUAUGCUGGCAAAUUCAUUCUUAUAUUUCCUUUUAACAAUGCCACUCUGAAAGCUUCUCAGAGCCCCACAGAUAUAAAAAAUAUAAUGCAGGAAAUUAAAAAGUUGUGUUACAAAUCAAACUCCUUAAAAUAAUGGACAUAUGCACAUACAGACUUGCUGCUUUGCUGUUAAUCAAAUAUUUGUUUACUGCACAUUAAACAGAACUACAGUGUAAUUGAAGUACAGGCAGUGUCUGCAUUAUAACCAUCUUUAAAAUGCCUCUAGCUUUGAUUGAUUUAUAAGUAUAUUGUCUGGAUUAUAUUUUAGAAUAACUGGUUUAUGUCAUCCCUGAUGUUUAUAUAACUGAGGAACUGCAUUAAGUAAAGCUAAAGCAUGUUUGAAAUAAA